UCAAUUACAGAUUAUCUCCUGUCUGGCAGCUGAAUUGACGGCCAUCAAGACUGGACAAAGUUGGGCUGAGAAGAAUCUAGUUAAGAAAAAAACUUAUUUGUGAAACCACAACACACCAGUGUCUAUCAACUGAAGAACUGGGUUUGAGAGUUGAAAUCAAGAUGCCCAUCUUAAAGCAGCUGGUAGCGGGGUCUCAGACCAAACGUCGUUCUCGUAUGGACCUCACUACUGAGAUGAUCAGUGCUCCCUUGGGUGACUUCCGACACACCAUGCAUGUAGGGCGCAGUGGAGAAGCUUUUGGAGAUACCUCUUUCCUCAGCACUCGAUCUGGAGAGCCACCACAGGAGGGGCACACCCAUCCUCGUUCUCCAAAACCAGGAUUGUUGUCUCGUACUUUUCGGAGCAGCAAACGCUCCCAGUCUGUCACCAGAGUAGACCAGCACGACAACACCCUCCUCCCUCCCAGUGGAUCACCUACCUUUGUAAAGAAUGCCAUGUCCUUGCCUUUUCUGAACAAUGAAGAAGGACAGGGUGGGGAUGGUAGGGUGCUUAAAAGUUUGACUUCCAGCCCUUCCAAUGGGGCCUCUGCUGAUGCAUUGGACCUGGAGCUCCAUGAGAAGCACUUUGGAGUGUUGACAGAUCUGAGGCCUUCCCCAACAUACAAUGGGGGAGGUUUGAGAAAGGCUGAAUCUGUGAUGUCCUUCCAUGUUGACCUUGGGCCAUCAAUGCUGGGGGAGAUUCUGGGAGUGAUGGAGAAGGAAGAUGAUGACCAGGGGUUUGAAGAAGGCAAGAGCAGUGAGGGACGUGAAUCUCCUCUUCACUGUAUUCAAGGAGGAGUGGAAAUGGAUGAGGAAAUGACAGAAGUUAUAAUGAAAGAAGAGGAACCUGAGGAAUUAGUUGCUCAAGAUGAGGGUCCAUUGAGAGCAUCCAGCUCUGUUGACUUGGAGAUCCAGAGUGAAGGCACCAGCACCCCAGAAGCACACCACAAACAUCUACAUCACCUUGACAGCUGCUCUGUUUCCAGCUCAAGUUCAGCCGCCGUUGAGGAGAAACCAAUUAGUGAGCUUUACGAGGAAGAUAUUGAAGUUACUGACAAUGCCUGCAACCCAGACAAUGAACCAGCCUUCUCCUCCUUCAUGGAAGAUGAGGAUGAUGAGAUCAGAGUAUGAAAACUUACAAUCAGUAAAUCAUUCCUGGAACUAAAAGAUACAUAUAUUAACUAGAAGUUGACUAUGUAAAGAGGGGUAAAUGCAAAGACAGGGAGUAUAUGCAAGCACGACAAAGGUGGACAGAUGCCUCCGGUUCCAGUGUCCCUUUAGAGAUAAGUUGGAGAAACUGCUUUAACACAGACACAAAAGCCAUCUGUCACACUACUGAUCCAUGCCAAGAUGAAGAGCUUUGAAUAGAAGUCCAAAAGGGUCUUGCUACAAGUUCCACUGAGGCUCUGCUGAAAAUGCAGUAACAAAUACUCACGUCAAUGUAAUUGUGUAGUCAACUUGCUCAAGCAGUUGCAGUUUUAAGCCAUUAACCCAUAGUUAAGGGUUCCCACACUUGAGAAUUGGAAAUAUUAGGGAUUUAUUUGAAAUCAAAAAGAAAGGUUAUGUUUUUUUUCUUUUUCUUAUCAGUUCGUCUUAUCGAUUUGCUCAGCUCUAAAACCAUUCAUCUGUGAAAAAAAACAAACAAAUAAAAAAUAAACUUUUUGUGUGAAAAUUAAUUGGUCAAAAGAUGUGCGU